CAUUGUUUUUUGGCUUUCUGGUGCCGACACUAUUCCAAAUUAAUUUAUUUGUUAUUGUCGCUCCGUUUGGACUUGUUUGUCGACUUUUUCGCGAUGUCUAUCUACGCCGACGUACAGAAAGGACCUGCCAUCGAGGUGUUCGCCUUGACGCAGGCGUUUAAGGACGACAGCCAUCCCAACAAGGUCAAUUUGUCGGUGGGCGCUUACAGGACAGAUGCUGGAGUUCCGUGGGUUUUGCCUGUGGUGCGCAAAACGGAAAUCUCCAUCGCCAGCGAUGAGGCUCAGAACCACGAGUAUUUGCCAGUGACUGGUCUCGAUACGUUCACAACCGCAGCCACGGAAUUGGUGCUGGGUAGUGAUUCACCUGCCAUUAAGGAGAAUCGCGCCUUUGGAGUGCAGACGAUUUCAGGCACUGGUGCCCUGCGCGUUGCCGCCGAUUUCUUGCACACACAAUUGAAUCGCAACGUGGUGUACUACUCGAAUCCAACAUGGGAGAACCACCACAAGAUCUUCUCCGAUGCGGGCUUCACGACCCUGAAGUCGUACCGCUACUGGGACCAAAACAAGCGCCAGCUGGACUUCAAGAACAUGGUGGCUGAUCUGGACCAAGCUCCGCCCGGUGCUGUGAUCAUCCUGCAUGCCUGUGCCCACAAUCCCACCGGUAUUGACCCCACCCAGGAGCAGUGGACGGAAUUAGCCAACUUGCUGGAGAAGAAGAAGCUCUUCCCGCUGUUCGACUCCGCGUACCAGGGCUUUGCCAGUGGCGAUCCGGAUCGCGAUGCCUGGGCCGUGCGGUACUUCGUGCAGCGUGGCUUUGAACUCUUCACCUGCCAGUCCUUCGCCAAGAACUUUGGCCUUUACUGCGAGCGUGCCGGAAAUCUUACUGUGGUGCAGAAGCACGCCGCCACCAAGGCGGCGGUUCACUCGCAGCUGACUCUGCUUAUCCGUGGCCAGUACUCCAAUCCACCCGCCUAUGGUGCCCGCAUCGUUUCGAAAGUAUUGAACACGCCGGAGCUGCGCAAGGAGUGGAUGACGUCCAUCCAGACCAUGUCAAGCCGCAUCCGUGAGAUGCGCAAAGCUCUGCGGGACAAGCUUGUGGCCUUGGGAACGCCCGGCAACUGGGACCACAUCGUCAACCAGAUCGGCAUGUUCUCGUACACUGGCCUGAACAAGAACCAGGUGGACGUCCUGAUCAACGACUUCCACAUCUACCUGCUGAAGACGGGCCGGAUUAACAUGUGUGGCUUGAACACAGGCAACAUCGAGUACGUGGCCAAGGCGAUCCAUGCCGCAGUUACCGAAGCAGGACCCACUGAAUCGUGUCCCUGUGAAAACAAAUUGUAAACGCACCAAUGUUACCCGUUAUGUUAUGAAAAGUGGGCUUAAUAUUUACCAAACUCUACGUCAGAUCACAGUUGUCUGCACCAUUAGCAUUUAAAUCAAACUAACAGCAAUUGCAAUUACUAAACGUUUAUACACGGCUUUUACAUGGAUAUAUUAUACACUUGAAAUGAUUCGUAUACCACGUUGGAUUGGAUAGUUAACACAAAUUGUGCACAAUCGAAGGCCGUCAGAGAUUGGUUGAAUAAUGAUUGAUAACUAAAUCUUUAUUAACUUGUGUGUAGAACUUAGUUACAACGACAAUAACAUUACUAAAGUAUUUAA